UCUAAAAAUAAAAACUAUGACAAAUAGUAUCGGACAAAGUAAGUAUUAAACUAUUCAUGUGACUUAAUCCGCAAAAUAUGCAGCUCAAAAUGCGCCACUAAAACUCACAAGUAAUUAAAUGCAUCUACACUUUGAAACAAAACUAUAGUAUUAUAUAAACACACAAGUCAAUCUUAGAGCUGGAAAUGUGUUAUUCCUUCGGUCUAUUUUUAUUUGUUAUGUUGCGUUUUUCGAAAGUCAAUUUGACUAAUUCUUAAAGUUACAUCAGAUUACAUUAUUUUUAUGUUAUAAACGAAAAAAUUCUAUAUUCAAAAAUAUAGAGAAAAUGGUCUGAAAAUUUCUCUAACUUUGGCCGAAAUUGUUGUUACGAUACCAAACUUUAUGGAGGACCUCUUACCCCCUUCUGGACUAUAUAAUAGUGUGUUUUAAAAGUAUAUAUAUGUCACGUGAACACAUUACUAUUUUAUGAUGUCCACGUGGGCACAUAUAUAUCUUUAAAAUACACUAUUAAAUAGUGUAGGGAGUAAAAUGUUAUUUCUAUUUCCAAAGUUUGGUAUCAUUGCAACAAUGUCGAUCAAUGUUCGGAUAUAUUUCAAACAUUUUUCCCCAAAACUAUAUAAACUGUUUGAUAUCAAUAUGAAGAAAAAAACACGUCGUUAAACUGUUAAUCAAAGUUCUUAUAGUUUGACUCUGAAAAAAACAAUGACAACGAAAAGUAGACGAAGGAAGAAGUUACUUUCUUUUCCCCUCUUACUUCUCAUAUUAAGAAACUAUAAACAACAAACCUUAGAUUUUGGUGAUGAUAUAAGUAUUAUUUUUUUUUUAUAAAGUAUGACUUUGUAGGUCCAUGUGAAACCAAAGGUAGAUCUAGGGAGAAUUUCUUAGGCCCAGUAAACUCAUUACUUUCAGCUCGAACUAGUUAUAUAUAUGCAAAAAAUCCUAUUUAACGAUGGAUUAGCGACAGUCGUAUCCGUAGCUAAGUCCUGUUUUCUAUAUAAAAUCAGACUAGCUCACUCUGAACUCACUAAGGUUUGGACUUCACAUGCUGACUAUUGUAUCUAUAAGCAUAUAAGAAGGGAUCAAAGCUUUGAUAAACCAAAAGAAAAAAACUCAUGGACUCACCUCAUAAGCCAAGAUCUUUUUCCCCUAAUCUGUUCUUUUUCUUCCUUCUUGUGUCCUCAAAUCUUCUCACUUUUUUCAUUUCUAACACCUUUAAGCACUCUUCUUGUUACCUAUACCAACAAACAUAUAAUGCCAUUUCUACUGCUUCAUCACUUAAUACUGAUAUCCCUUUGGUUGUUGAGCCUGCAGAAACUAGAGAUGAUGAUAUUCAAGAAUCUGAUUUAGACCUUCCAUCUGAGUUCCGUGCUUUCGCAUCUCCACAUAAACUACCGUUUGGAUUCAGCACAAACUUUGAUUCUGACAAUAUCAUUCCUCCGGUUGGGCACCCGUGCACCAGGUUUCCUGAUUUACUUCGUCGUUACAUGUCAUAUAGAGUCAAUGGUUCUUGCCCUGAUGAUGAGAUCCUGGGACAGAAGCUGCUUCUCAAAGGUUGUGAGCCUCUCCCUCGCCGCAGAUGCCGUCCUGCUGCUCAACAGGAAUAUGUUGAGCCCUACCCUCUCCCUGAGAGUUUAUGGACUACACCAUCAGAUUCAUCUGUUGUUUGGACAGCAUAUACUUGCAAAACUUAUGAAUGUCUCAUCAACAGAGUGAAAUCACAGAAAUCAUUUGAUGAUUGCAAAGACUGCUUUGAUCUCAAUGGCAGAGAGAAAAGACGUUGGUUGUCGACAAAGGGAGCAGGCCUGGACUUCUCUAUUGAUGAAGUACUAGCAGUGAAGAAGCCUGGUACAAUCAGAAUAGGACUUGACAUUGGAGGUGGUGUAGCUACGUUCGCUGUAAGAAUGAGAGAAAGAAACAUAACAAUAUUAACAACUUCAAUGAAUCUCAAUGGUCCUUUCAAUACAUUUAUAGCAUCAAGAGGAGUCAUACCUUUGUAUAUAAGCAUUUCACAGAGACUUCCUUUCUUUGACAACACACUAGAUAUAGUCCACUCAAUGCAUGUGUUGAGUAAUUGGAUACCAUCAACACUGCUCCACUUCUUGCUUUUCGACAUCUAUAGAGUGCUUCGACCUGGUGGGCUGUUCUGGCUUGACCAUUUCUUCUGUGUUGGUGAGCAGUUUGAACAAGUCUAUGCUCCCCUUAUAGAAAGCAUUGGGUUCAAUAAGGUCAAGUGGGUCGUAGGGCGGAAGUUGGAUAGAGGACCCGAGCUGAAUGAGAUGUAUCUUUCAGCACUGUUGGAGAAGCCACUCAAGAAUUCUUGGUGACAGUAUUUACUUUCUUACUUUGUUAGAAACAGAAGAAAAGGAGGGAUCUUUCAGCAGUGAUGUUUUUUCUUCUUAUUUAUUUUUUUUAUCAUCGAUUCGUUUUA